AUUUUCUCUUGAAGUUGUAUGGCUUCAGUACAAAAGCUGUUUACUCGCAAACCGUAUCACAUUCUCUGACAGUAUCACGAUUUAGAAAAUAUUUUAAAAAUUAGAAAGGCAUAAGUAAAAAUGUGUUCUGAAAAUAGGAACUAAAAGUGUUUUAAAUAUUAAUAGUGGUAUUAUUUUAGGAGAAAGGCCUGCAUACAAAACGUACCGAAAAACAGAUACUCCCUGCUUUGAAAUCUUUGUUGAAUUAUAAAAAUAUAAUACUUGUUACCACAUUUUUGUAUGUUUAAUUUAUAAAUAUGAGUUUGAAACUGCUACAGUACUACAGUAAUGCUACAGUAGUUUACGGUUAAAUACAUCUGACAAUACAAUGAACAUACUCGAAAACAAAAUAUUAUCAGGGAAAGUUAAAAAUGAUUUUUCUUUUAAGCGAACAUUUCAUAUUUCUUUACUUAUACUAAUAGUAGUAAAAGCCUCAUCUUCACUGCAGCCAGUCGUCCCUGUGGGUGCCAUCUCUUCCGACAUACAGGAUGGUCCGAUCGAUCUCGCCUUCAAAUACGCUAUACACAGCAUCAAUAAGGAUGCAAGCUUGAUUCCAGAGUCGAAAAUGACAUUCGAUUUACAGCACGUGGCCAACGAUGAUUCAUUUCAUGCCUGUCAAAAAGUUUGCGCCCUAAUCGAGUCAGGCAUACACGCGGUUUUUGGACCAUUUAACACUAUAUUGGGAGUUCAUAUUCAUUCAAUAUGCGAUGCCCUCGAUAUACCACACAUAGAAUCACGAUUAUCACAUAAGGUGGCCAAUACAGAGUUUUCCAUUAAUUUGCAUCCAGCGAAAGAGUACGUGAACUUAGCAUUCGAAGAUAUCAUUCGUUACCUGAAUUGGACCAAGGCAGGAAUACUUUAUGAGAAAGAUUUUGGAGUCCUGCAGUUACGCAAAUUUGGUCAGAUGUAUGACAUAGAAACAUAUCUGCGUCUGGUGAAUCCCACAACUUACGUUAAAAUAUUAAAUGAGCUGAAAGACAAAGAAAUUCACAAUCUGAUAAUCGAUACGAACGCUGCAAAUAUUUCCAUCCUACUGAAAGGGAUUCUGCAACUGCAAAUGAAUGAAUAUAAGUAUCAUUACUUAUUUACUAGUUUCGACAUUGAAACAUUUGAUUUGGAGGAUUUUAAAAAUAAUUUCGUGAAUGUUACCUCGUUCCGCCUUGUAGAUGUUGGCGAUGUAAGUGUGAGAAACAUUCUCAAAGACAUGGAAGCUUAUAACUACGAUUAUAAUAAUAAGACAGCUUACUACAGAAAGUUGCGUACCAUUAAGACGGAACCCGCCUUAGCGUAUGAUUCAGUUUAUGUAUUUGCAAUAGGAUUAACUAGUUUAAAACAGUCGCUGACUCUUGGCGUUUCGAAUGCUUCGUGUGCCAGUGAAAUCCCAUGGGAUGGCGGUUUGAGUUUGAUAAACUAUAUAAAUUCAGUUGAGUGGAGGGGGCUGACGGGCCCCAUACAAUUCAAAGAAGGAAGGCGUGUUAAAUUUAAAUUGGACCUUGUAAAAUUGAGGCAGCACUCCUUGGUGAAAGUGGGAGAGUGGACUCCACAAACACGUCUUAAUAUAACUGAGCCUGCGCUGUUUUUUGAUGGCGGCACAAUGAAUGUGACGCUGGUCGUAAUUACAAUAUUGGAAACCCCUUAUGUGAUGAUGCACUACGGCAAAAAUUAUACUGGAAAUGAUAGGUUCUAUGGAUUUUGCGUAGACAUACUGGAUUUGAUAGCUCGUGACGUUGGCUUUGACUAUAUUCUUGACCUAGUGCCUGAUCGAAAAUAUGGCGCACAAGAUCCAUUUUCAGGCGAAUGGAACGGAAUGGUGGCUCAACUUAUGAAAUAUAAAGCGGAUUUGGCCGUUGGAUCCAUGACAAUUACAUAUGCACGGGAAAGUGUUAUCGAUUUUACCAAACCAUUUAUGAAUCUGGGCAUCAGUAUAUUAUUCAAGGUGCCAUCAAGUCCGGCUUCUCGUUUAUUUUCUUUUAUGAAUCCUCUGGCGUAUGAUGUAUGGCUAUAUGUUUUAGCGGCAUAUUUUCUAGUAUCUUUCACAAUCUAUAUAGUAGCAAAGUUGUCGCCAAUAGAAUGGCGCGAUAAGUAUCCAUGCGACAUGAAGAAUCCUAUAAUUACCAACCAGUUUACGUUAGCUAACAGUUUUUGGUUUACAAUCGGUACAUUGAUGCAACAAGGAUCAGAUAUAAAUCCAAAAUCGCUAUCGACGAGAAUAGUCAGCGCUAUAUGGUGGUUCUUCACCUUGAUUAUAAUUGCCUCAUACACCGCUAAUCUGGCGGCAUUUUUGACGGUUGAGCGAAUGAUAACGCCCAUUGAAAAUGCUGAGGACUUAGCCAGUCAAACAGAAAUUUCAUAUGGUACUCUCGAGAGUGGCUCUACGAUGACAUUUUUUCGCGACUCAAUUAUCGAGACAUACAAAAAAAUGUGGCGUAAUAUGGAGAAUAAAAAGUCCAUUGCUUUUACUUCCACCUAUGAGGAGGGUAUAAAACGAGUUAAUCAAGGUAAUUUUGCAUUUCUAAUGGAAUCUACAAUGCUUGAUUACAUAGUACAGCGAGAUUGUAAUUUAACUCAAAUCGGAGGCCUUCUGGAUACUAAAGGCUAUGGAAUUGCUACACCAAAAGGUUCACCCUGGCGCGACAAAAUUUCACUAUCCAUUUUAGAAUUGCAAGAAAAGGGAAAUAUACAAAUGCUAUACGAUAGAUGGUGGAAAAAAGCAGGAGACACUUGCGUACGUAAAAGUAAUAGCAAACAAACUAAGGCAAAUGCCCUCGGUCUGGAUAACAUUGGUGGCGUAUUCGUGGUCCUUUUUGUGGGCAUAGGUUUGGCCGCUUGGGUUGCUGUAUUCGAAUUCUGGUAUCACUAUAGCAAUAGAAAUCGCAGCAGUGUUUACUGUGAAAAGAAGCCCAAUACUGUAGAGAGGAAUAUGACUGAAGUGGCACUUAAUGACUUUGAUUUCGUUGAUAACUCGGACAAAGAAAACGUAGAGGUAAUACACACUGAAGACCAGACGUUGCCUUGCAAACAUGUCACAGCAUAUUGUUGUAAAGAACCACCAGCACAACGUUCACUUUGCGGCGAAAUGCUGGACGAGUUUCGUUAUGCAUUGCGAUGUAUGGACUCGCACAGACGACCAGCUCUGAAGCGGAGAUGUCCAACAUGUCAUUUAUUUAAGGAUGUUAAAGAGUUUAUUGACAUAGAAACUAGGGCAUCAAUGACCGUACACGGCAGCCUUAUUGGAAGUGCACCUAAUGAUUCAGAAAUGCACCAUAAUCAAGGUAAAAGUACUACAGAGCCUCUAGCUCAGACAUCCCUGAGCUCAAUUGCUUUAUUUACUUGUAAUGCGAACGAAACCAAUAAAAAUAUGGACUAAAAUUAUGUGGGUAUUUAUAUUGUAAUGCGCCAAUUGGUCUAAAUCGCCCUUAUAUAUGAGUACCAAUGAUUUUGAAUAAUAAAUAUGAAUGAAUAUUAAUGUCGUUCACAUAUAAGCUAAAAA